AUGGGAAAGCCAGUUGUUUUACAUCUCGGUGAUGAUAUUCGCUGGGGUCAUGAGCUUUACAGCAAGUUUCAAGACACAUUUGACGUCCGUCGUUCAUACAGCAUGUCACGACCGGAGUUCAUUCGCGCGCUAAAGGAGCGCCAAUUUGGAGACUUCUUCGCGAUGUAUCGCCCAUUCUGGAACACCGGUGGCGAGAUGGGGAACUGGGAUGAGGAGCUAGUCUCGUUGCUUCCUAGCUCAUGCAAAGUCUUUGCCAGUGCAGGCGCUGGCUUCGACUGGGUUGACACUGCAGCCCUAGCAAAGCGCGGAAUCACCUACUGCAAUGCUGCCGCAGCUUGCACAGAGUCUGUUGCAGAUGCUGCAAUUUGGUUAAUCAUUUCCACUUUCCGCCUCUUCGCUUGGUCCCAUGUCGCUGCGCGGGCUGUAGAUGCAGAUGCAUUCGUUGACGCAAACCGCAACCUUGCAAUGGUCUCCCAUAACCCCAAUGGUCACACAUUGGGAAUCAUUGGCUUUGGACAGAUCGGACGGCGGACAGCAGAGAAGGCUUACCUGGCGAUGAACAUGAAGAUUCACUAUUACGACAUUGUGCAGAUGCCCGCGCAGCUCGAGGCUGUGUCAAAAGCAACAUACCACAAGGAUAUGGAUAGUCUGCUUGCUGUGUCAGACUGUGUCAUGGUCGCUACUCCCUUCAGCGGCGAGACACUUCUCAAUGCCUCACUAUUGGCCAAGAUGAAGACCGGCGCGCGUCUUAUUAACAUUGCGCGUGGAAAGUUGCUCGACGAGAGUGCUCUUGUUGAUGCGCUCAAGAGCGGAAAGCUUGCUGCAGCUGGUCUGGAUGUGCACUAUGAUGAGCCUCGUGUUAGCCCGGAGCUUGCCAGCAUGAAGAAUGUGGAGAUGUUGGCUCACAAUGCUGGCGCCUCGGUCGAUUCCCAUAUUGGAUUCGAGAGGCUAGGCAUGGAGAACAUUUUCUCUUUCCACCAGACCGGGAAGGCAGUGACGCCUGUGAAUGCCCAGCUUGUUGCCAAAGCAGCUGGCUCCAAGCUUUAA